GUAUUCUGUUAAACCAGUGCAGCGGCUCAGUUAAGAUACUCACAGCGGAGAGGGAGCCGCAGCCCGUCUCUUCAGGAUAAACACGUUUUAAUCUUUAUUUCUGCUUCUUCUGCUGCUGACUGUCUGUACGGAGACAUAGUUUCCUGGGUUCUGGAGAGAGACAUGGCCAUAAAUGUAUGAGUUCAGUGGUGGUGAAUGAUGAGAAUCAGGGAGUUUGCCCUGUUAGGAAGCACAUUGCACCUGAAACUUCUGCUGAUAUUUUCGCUUUGGAUCAGCCCACCGGCAGGCCUUCCAUACUGAGACAAUCUCAGGCUGAAAACCUCAACAAAAACGUGCCCAAAGGAGUGAAGGUUUGUUUCCAAACUCCACGCAGAGACCCGGUGACUAAGAAAAUUAUGUCUCCUAGCCGUGUUGGCAAGAUGGCCUCUUUGGAUGAUUGCACAGCUCUCCUAGAGUCUCUCUCGCUGACUUCUACUGAGACACCUGCUCUGCAACAUGCUCCUACUGCACCAGCUGAUGUCCCAAGCACAACUGAAGCUCCCUACCCUGAUGAUGAAAUGCCUAUUCAAAGCAAAGGAGGCUACACAAUUGAUUUUGAUAAUCUAGAGUGGAUGAAUCCUUUUCAGGGCUCAGCUAAAAUGAUCCUGUCACCAUGCAAACCUGCUCUAUCAGAGACUAUGGUUCCACCUGUUCCAGAACAACCGGAUGAGGUUUCUAUUGCCUCAUCUGCUUUUGAAGAGGUGGAGAAAGUUGAAGAAAAGCAAGCUCUCAUAGAUAUGGCCUUGGAUGAGACUGUUCUUCUGAACCAGUCAGUAGAAAAUGCUCUUGCAGAUAUAUCUUCAGAUAUACCCUCAACAGACACUACGGUGAUUAUUGGCCAGAGAUGUUUAGAAACACCAGUCUUGGAUCAAAGCAGUAAUGAUGUUGAGGAUCUGAAGGUUCCUGAACCAGUUUCUGUCAUAGAGAGUGUUCCUGUUGGAGAGGAACCUUCAGAGGCUGAGAAAUCUCCCUUGCCACCGAAAGUUGCUUAUAGCUUUGAUUUUGAUAAUCUUGAUUCAGUCAAUCCUUUUCAGACUGGUGGUUCAAAGCUUCAGAACUCCCCUCCUCUUGGCAGAAAAGCACCAGUCAGCAAUUCUCUGCCUUCAGAAAUGGUGGAACCUAAGAAAGAACUUAGUGAGGCUGUACUAGAGAAUACUGAGGCUGUACCAGAAAAUAUCAAGGCUGUUCCAGAGAUGCCUCCCCAACCAGAGGUGAAGCCUGCAGUUAUCGAAAGCACUCCAGCUUCUGAGUUGCCUCCUAAAGCUGGCUCAUUGUUACUGGAGUUUAAUGUGGACAACGUUUCCGAGAUGCCUAGCCAACCAGAGGUGAAGCCAGAGGUUAUUACAGAAAGCACUUUAACAUCUGAAUUGCCUCCUAAAGCCAGUGCGGUGUUGCUCGAGUUUAAUGUGGGCAAUGUUUCAGAGAUGCCUCCCCAACCAGAGCUAAAGCCUGUGGCCCCUGUACCAUCUGCAGUUACAACCGAAAGCACUACACCAUCCGAAUUGCCUCCUAAAGACAACAAAAUGUUAUUGGAGUUUAACUUUGAUGACUGUGCUGAAGUCAAACGCAAGCCGCCCCCCAAGCGCCUGGGCAUGAAGAGGCCACCAGGUGCCAAACCUGCCCCUAAAAAAACUUCCUCAGUUCCAGAUGAGAAAAAAUCCCCAGAACCCAAACCGCAGUUUCUUGACACAACUGUCGAGAUUGCACCUGUUGAUAUCCCUGUGGCGAAAGGCUCUUACAACUUUGACUUUGACAAAUUUGAUGACCCUAACUUCAAUCCAUUUGGUGCGAAAGCUUCGAUGGCUAACUCUCCUCCUCGUGGUGAUCAGAGCAUUUCAGUGAUGAAAGAGGAAGCACAAGCUGCACCAUUACAGACUACGAUACAAUUACAGUCAGACAACCAACAAGGGGAAAAGCAUGAUGUGUCAAAAAGUUCUCCAUGCAACAGUGUUGAAGAAAGUGCAGAUGUUGAGCUGUCUUUGACUAAGACUCAGACAAACAUUGAGACAGAGUUGCCCAUUGUCCCACAGAGCAAGGAACCCUGCAUCCCAGUCACGCCAGAGCCUGUAGUGAGAAAGCAGACUCCUGAGCCCUGCCCACUAAAGCAGAGUGCGGAGUUUGGUUCUGCUGCAGCUGAAGAGGAGUUUGUGCCCGGCUCUAUGUUCCUGCCUAAUGAUUUUGAUGAACAGAUCGAUUAUCUGGAACAGUUUGGAUCGAGCACUUUUAAGGAGUCUGCCCUGCGUAAGCAGUCACUGUAUUUGAAGUUUGACCCUCUGGUGAAGGAAAGUCCUAAGAAAACAGCAUCAGCAGACAGCACAAAUUCUGGAUUCUGCCUUCCACGGCCUUCCCUCGCCAUCCGGAUGAUGGAAGCUGCAAAAUCUGAGGUGAAGCAGAAAUCUCAGCAGGAAAGCCCAAAGCUACUGGAGGAUUUCCCACCACUUGUGGUUGAAGCCCCUGUGGUUCAGGAUCCCACUGUGCUGGACCUGCUGGUGCCUACCCUUAAACAGCCACAAAAGAGUGAGGGUGUGAUUGUGGAUGUGCUGAAGUAUAGCCAGAAAGAUAUGGAUGCUGCCAUGGAAAGGGCACGCAAACAGGCUGAAGAGAAGGAGGAAGAACUUAAGGCUCAGAUUGCAAAAAUGACUAUGGAUAACGAACACAUGGUAUUGAUUGUGUCAGAGUUUGAGACCAUUAUUGCUCAGAUCACAGCGGAACACAAGCAGAAGGAAGAGCUGGUGCAGGCAGAGCUGAGUAAAGUCUUUCAGGAGAAACAACAGCUGGCUAAAGACUUGAACGAUAUGGAGCGCUCCUUCUCAGAUGUAGUCAAGCGCCUGGACCGACGCAAGGAGGUCAUCGAUGGCUUUAAGAAGAAUGAAGAGACUCUGAAACAGUGUGCACAGAGCUAUCUGGCUAGGCUGCAGAAGGAGGAGCAGCGCUACCAAAUGCUGAAAACCCAUGCAGAGGAAAAGAUUGAGCAGGCAAAUAAAGAGAUUGCAGAUGUGCGUUCCAAACUUGGCACAGAGAUUUCUGCACUUCAGGUUCAGCUGAGGCGGGAGCAGCUCAAAGUGCAAUCACUAGAGAAGAACCUGGAGCAAAAGGUAAAGGAGGUGGAAGAUGUCACCAAGCUGUGUGAUGAGCUGAUUAUGAAAGUGCAGAAGCACUAAAACUUUUAUUUCUGUUUGUCUGUCUUUGUAUGUCUCUUGUUCUUGUUCUUACCUAAAUGAAUAAAAAAAAAAAUUACAAUGUU